CUUUCUCCUCGACACAUUUUUGUUCCUAAAUGAGUUUUCAGACAGUCGUGGAAAAAUUGUGAAAAUUGUUUUCUUUCUGCUCAUCCUAUAUUUGAUACGUUUAGGCUUGUAGUGGAAACCCUAGUUCCCCCUUUGUCUGAAGCAGCAUGAUCGCCAAACUAUUCUUCUGCUUACCUGUGCGGCGCAACCUCUUUCUCAAAACCCUAACUCAUUUCCGCUUUAAUUUCUCAACUCUUUCAGAGGGUAACGCUAGCAACAGCAAUGCUCCUUCACAAAAUCUCUUCCUGCACUUCGUUACCAACAGAUUUAACAUCUCUUCAGCCGACGCUGCAAAAAUGUUGAAAACGAGGCCCUCGUUAGAGCGGCUCAAAACCUUGUACAAGGUUGAACAGUUCAUGAACAUGCUCAACAGUCACGGCUUCACGGAAGAACAAAUUGCAAACAUAAUCAGAUUGCAACCCUCGCUAAUGACGACAAGUGCCGAAAGAUUGUUGGAGCCUAAGAUUCAAUUCCUAAUAGAUUUGGGCGUGGAUAGGGAAAAUGUAACCAAAAUUGUCACCAGUUUCCCGAGGAUCUUGACCGCUAAGCUGGAGAUCCUCCGCUUCAACCAUGAAUUUCUCAAGACUGUAUUCCCGACACAGGGUUUUCUGAUCAGAGCAGUUAUGAGACACCCCAAUAUUCUUAGAGUGAACUUGCAGGAGGUCUUGAAACCCUCGGUUUCCUUCUGGGAAGGUUUUGGUUUCCGUGGAACAGAGCUCACCAAGUUUUUCUUGUCUAAUCCUUGGCUUUUGACACUCGGUUCUCUGGCGCCUGAGCAACAUGAUCUAAUUUGCAAGGUUGGCAUUCAAAAGGAAAGCAAAAUGUAUAAAUACAUUGUGAGAAUAGUAGCCACGCGCCGCAUCGAAUUGUUACAGUCCAGGAUACACAACCUUCAUCUUUGCGGCCUCUCGCCUGAAGAAGCCUGGGAAUUAGUUAGGGUUGAUCCUUCAGUCCUCAGCAAGUCGGAGGAAAACAUUAAGAAAAAGAUGGACUUUAUGCUCAAUCACAUGGGACUCUCUGUAGAUUUUGUGACAAAGCAUCCACGGAUGUUUUCAAUGAGUUUGGACAAGGUAAUGAGGCCCAGGUUCUUAGUUUUGGAAAGAAUGACAGCAUUGAAUGGAGCGGGGAAGGUUAAUCCGACGCGACUCCAUACUAUGUUGAUGAGGACCGAGGCCGAGUUUGUUGCCCAGACCAUAGAAAGGUACCCUGAAUCCGCUGCUCUGUGGACUGUUUAUAAAAAUGCCAUUGCUGAUGUCUCAAAAAGCUCAAAGAUAAAGACAAAGAUGUUUUGAGUUUCUUAAUAUUUGAUGUUUUUUGAUUUGUUACAGUAAAUUACAUUGUGAUAUUGUUAUCAGGAUAGUCAAAUUGUGAUAUUGCUCUUAAGCAACUGUUAAAUCUGGAAAGACUCCAGUAACCACCUCAAUACAUGGUAUUGGCCAUCCUGACCCUGAAUUGGGGUUGUAAUUGUUUGCCAAUCAAUAUAUUGUUAUAAGUUGUUAGAUUUA